GGAUGAUCCUGCUAGAUGAUCGGGGCUACGUGCAAGUCUCACGUUUCCUCAACAUUAGCCGGGCGCUUUACCCGCACUCAGGCGACAUCUCAUCCAAGUCACCUGAUAGCCACUAAUGUUCUUUUUGGAGAAAUCGGAUACAUCACUCACGAAAGCUCACACUCUGGAGAUCUUAAUCAGUCAGCAUGAGAUGAAAUUGAACACCGAACAGUCGAGGCUAUUUCGCAGGCGAAGGGCGCUGGUAAUGCUUUGCAUGCUAGCGACUCUCGUCUACCUCUAUUUUCCACUGAUCACUCAUCGUUUUGGGGAAGGAUACGAUGUUCGGAUUGGUCCACAGGAUGUGUUUAACGAUACAUUAGGGUUCUCGAAGGUCUUCGUUAUCAGCCGCCCCGUCAGGUCAGACCGCAGAGAUGCUCUAACCCUCGCCGGGGCAGUCAGUAACCUAAGCUUUGAGUGGAUUGACGGCGUGGACGGAGAUACUGUGCCUGAGCGCGUGUUGCCCCCUGAUGGUCACGAGUGGAGCGCAACGUCGACUGCGGCGAGAGGGUCCUGGAGAGCGCACAUGAAUGCACUUCGUUCUGUGGUCAGCCAGAGUCUGGAAAGUGCACUUAUCAUGGAAGAUGAUGUGGAUUGGGAUGCGAGACUGAAAAGUCAGAUGACGAUAUUUAGUCUUGCUUCGAAUCAGUGGCUUGAACAUUCGAGGUCGGACUCCAGCGGCACUAAGAGCGAGGAUGAGAGUAUUCUAAAUUUUGUGCCUCCACCAGCCGUCGGAAAACGGGAGUCUUCAAAAUGGGAUAAAGAGGAAGUUGCUCGACUCUCUAUUCCCUUGGACUGGCACUCACGCCCUGCUGCAACAAGCAGUCCGUACGGUGAUGGAUGGGAUGUCCUUUGGCUGGGACACUGCGGAUCCGAGUACCCAAAACCAGACUCCGGGUUGCCACAACAUCGCAUCUUCAUAUCCGACGAUUUAACGGUACCAGCGCCAAGACAUCUCAAGCCGCACUCCUUCGCCCGGAACGAUCCGCUAAGCGAAUUGUAUCCGCCAUAUUCCCGUGUCGUCCACGCAGCAAAUGGGACAGUCUGCACGCUUGCUUACGCAGUCAGUCAGCAAGGCGCCCGGAAACUAUUGUUGCAGUUUGGGCUCCAGGCUUUUAGAAAGCAGUGGGAUGUAAUGUUAGGUGAAUGGUGUGAUGGUGCCUACGCCAAACCCUCUCCUGCUGGUGGGAAAAAUGCAGGAAAUAGCAAUAUGCCAGUAUGCGUAACUGUCCAGCCACCGCUAAUCAGUCACCAUCAUGCCAGGGAUGGGGGCUCGGAUAUCCAGGGGCAAGGAGGGGGUUAUGACAGACGCGUUGGGACACCGUACGUCAGGUUUAGUGUGAGGAUGAAUAUGGACAAGUUGGUUCGGGGAGCCGGGUUGGAUGAGCUUGUUGACCAGUGGCCUGACGGUGGUGAUGUUGGGUUAUGAUCAUACAAUAAAGGUCGAUGUAUUAUUCAGGACAUUUUUAGAAAAUUGACUUGUACCUUUAAC